UGCUGUCAGCAUCAUGAUCGCAGAAUGUACCAGGACCCCUUCACCAGCGGAGCCACGGUGUAAUGACUGUCCGCGGGCAGAGCUGCAGCCCCGUGACGCAUGACAUUUCCUCCAUCCAGUAGUUGAUUUCUCCAAGCAGCGCGGGGUGAAGCUGGAGCUUUGGCACAAACAGUCACACUCAGAGGCUGCCUCUCUGGCGCGUACUUUGCACCGACACAUUUUUCCGAGGCUUGUCCUUCCCUCCAGUUGGAGACUUGAAACUUAAGGGACUCUACCGUUGUAGGCAGGGAAGGGAAGGCGGACGGACGGAGAGUGUCGUGCGGUGAAUGUAGCGGCAGGCUGGGUGUCUGUCUGCGGAGCGCACAGCGGCGCUGCUGGAGCAGCCGAGAACGCACAGAGUCCCGUCCGACAUCCCCGCUAUACCCCCGGUGAUCCGAACACGGCAAACAUGAUUCUCCUUGGGAUUGUCCUUGUUCGUUUCUUUUCAGGUGUGUUUCCAUCCUCAGCAUCCAUCUUCCCCCUCCAUGCCUCCCCCACUGACUGUGUUGGAGCUCAUCGGGAAUGCUCCAGCGACCCCCGGUGCGAGGCGCUGUACCGGGGUUUGGAACUGUGUGCAGCCGACCCAUCGAUGUCCACACUGGGGGUGCAAGCAGCUUCCGAGUGCCUGGAGAGACAGGACGCUCUUUUGGCCAAACACCCAUCUCUGUUGGCCUGCAAGUGCCAGCGCGGUUUCCGAAAGGAGGAGCAGUGCCUGCGCAUAUACUGGAGGGUUCGUCUGCUGCCAGGGAAAGAUGAACUGGAAAUAUCUCCCUAUGACAACACACUAAUGGAUACUCGCAUGGCCUCCUUAGUGGCAGCCUCGUCUUUCAUGCAAUUGGAUGAUGAGAACCAGUGCCUUAAGGCAGCACAGGACUGUGGCCUGUACGAGAAGUGUGGUUCUCUGCGAUCAGAGUAUGUCCUGGCCUGCACUAAGAUGGUACCCGGGACCAACCGAUGCAACCAGCACAAGUGUCACCGAGCCCUGCGCCGCUUCCUAGAGCGGGUGCCUGAGGAGUACAGCCUGGGUGUUCUGUUCUGCCCUUGCACCACCACCCUGUGUGGUGAGAGGAGGAGGAAAACCAUCGUACCCUCCUGCUCCUACCAGGAGAUGGAGGGUCUGCAACCUAAUUGCCUCCACCAGCAAAGCUUCUGCCGUCGAGAUGACCUCUGCAGGUCCAGACUGGCUGAUUUCCUUAAUAACUGCCAGCCAUCUCCUCAGACGGCCAGCGGUUGUCUGAAAGAUUCUGCAGGCCUGUGCCUCCGAGCCUACACUGGACUCAUCGGUACCAUGAUGACACCCAACUACAUCGGUAACAGCUCUGCAGAUGUGUCACUGUGGUGCAACUGUGAGGGCAGUGGCAACCAGUGGCAGGAAUGUCUGAGACUGCGGCGCAUGUUCACCCACAACAGCUGCCUGCGCAACUCUAUCAGUUGGAUGGGGAGCCCCGGCUCCCUGCCUGCAGACAUCACCCCCCAUCCUGCUCCCAGACCUUCCCCGCUGGUUCAGGAGGAUGAGCUGCUGAGCAACAACCACCUGCCUGAACACAACAACGUUGUGGUGGAGAGCGAAGAAGAGGAGGAACUGACAGAGGAGGAGGGUGAUGAAGGUGGCCAGUUUGACGUCAUCCCACUCUACUCAGAAAGGGCCACUGUCUCCAACCUGGGCUCCUCCGGCACAGGGGGAGCUGCAUCCCAGACCACUGGCCCUCCUAAAUCCAUACUACUGCUCCUUCUGAUUCUGUCUGCCUCCCUUAGCUGGGGGUAGAACAGAGGAUAUAGAGAAGACACACAUACACACACACACACGUACACAUACAUCCAUGCACAUGGAAACACUCGCAUAUAAUGGACCUGCCAACAAUCCUGGACUGAUGGCUGUAAAAUAAUAGGAAGCAUAAUGAAGAAAUGGACUUCACAAUUUGUCAGUAGCAUCCCCUUGAUUCCUCAGUUCUUUCCUUGGUUCCUUCCUUUUCUCCUUGGAAAAUUGCACUUUUUUCAGAAUGGUCUGACUGCAGCUGCAGUGGUGUUUUACUGUAAUGUCCUGGGAGCACAGGAAACCUAGUUGUGGUAGGUUAUUCACAUGUUACCAUCAACCAAUAAUGUAGCUGUUUCUGUCAUAGGUCCAGAAAGAUUAUAUAAUUUUGAGUGGCUUGCUUGGCUGUACACAAACAUUAGCAGGCCAAAGUGUGUUAAGCAGGAUAAAAUAAUGGCUUGAAGGUAAUGUUGCAUUCUUGCCAUAUUGUACAGACAGUUGAAACAGCUCCUGUCAGCUCCCUCAGUGUUAAUCAUGAGUAGUAGAUACAAAUUUCUGACAGCUUUGAUGUCUCUCGGUUGGCAAUAGGAAAUAACCAAGUGUCCACAAACUGGUGCCAAAAUGUCUGCAAAGCCAAAAUUGCUGGCAAUCCAUUCAAGACAAAGAAAAUACAUACUAUUAAGAUUAAACUUAAUGCAACUAUUUUAAGAGGAGCUGCAAAGCUUACACAGUUAAUGUCUGGUUUAACUUGUUAGCAAGAUGCUACCAAUAUUUACCAAAAUAAAACUAGCUAAAUUGCU